AUGAACCUCUCCCCCCCUCUCGAGCGCACAAUCUCCCAACAAUCCCACACCUCCGUCCGCUCCCGCAACACCUCCCGCCGCCCAGCAGCCAAAAAACAACAACCCCCCUCCAGCUCAGCAAGCUCAGUGAUAGGAGGCGAAGACAGCAAAUCCCUAACCUCCUUCCCCUCCUUCUCCCCGCGAGAAGAAGAAACAUGCUGUUUCCUCAACAACAACCAACAAGAAGAAGACAGUGGCAACACUCCCCUUCCUCCUCCAAGCAGCACGACCCCCUCCCGCAAACCAUCCACCUUCCUCUCCGAAAUCGACCAACAACCACCCCGACUCGAACCCGAACAAAUAAUCCCCACCUUGCUAACCACUCCUCACACCGCCGGCCCUUUAUUCGAAGACUCCCCCCCCUACCGCAACCGCCUCCCCGGCGCGCUCCACCACGCCGAUGACGGCCACAUCGAGCGUCUAAUCGCCAGACAGGGCGGGGCCGUCAACCUAGUAAGGCAAAUCGCAGAGGACUUAGCAGCAAGGGACGCGCAAAUCGCUCUGCUCCGUCGUCGGGCCGACGAGAGAGAGCGGGCUCUCAGAAAAAUCAUUCUCGAGUGUGGGCUCUCCAAUCUUGAUCUCGAGACCCGGUUGAGGGUGCUGCUUGAGGAAGUGAGGAGCCAGAGACGACAAGGAAGUGGCGAGGAACUGGAGGAUUUGAUCGGGGACGCGCUGGAGGGGGAUGUGAGGCUUGAUGCGACGAUAAAGGGGAGGGUGGUCAAAGAGCGGGGUGCAAAUACUGGACAGCAGCAGCAGCAAAAGGGGACGGGGAGGGGGUGGAAGGAGUAUUUGUGGGGUGGGACGGGUACUAACAAGGGGGAUGGGAAGGGGGAGACGACGGCGGUGAAAGGAGGGGCGAGGCAGUCGAUGCCCGAGGAUUGGUUUAAACCACCAGCGGAACAGCAGGAGGAGCAAGCACAACAAAGCUCCAGUAGGGCUUCAAGUGUGAGUUCUGCUCAUGCGGCGAGGAAGCCUUCUCUGGCGAGCAUGGCGUUGAGGCUUGUUGCUGGCGGCGCAGCGGGGAAUAGGGAUAACGAAGGCAGGGGCCGUGCUAGCAGCGCUGCUGCUACGCAGGCGGGGGGUCCGCUCAGGGGAUCGAGCGCUUCCAGUGCGAAGACUACGGCUUCUAACCGGGCCGUGUCGGCGCAGGCUGGCGGGCCAAAGGCGCUCAUGCAAAUGAGACGAACGACUGCCGGUGGGAGCACCAGACCGAUGGAUAUCCCCGCCAGAGGGCAAGUUCCCGAACGAUGGGACACCAUGGGGGCGAGCCCGGGAAAGACUGCGAUAUUACGACAUCAGAGCUAUGGACCUGUCGAGAUGGACACGAUCCUCCCGCCCGAGGCUCAGCCGCCUACGCUGACGCACAUCUACAAUAACUUUGUCGGGUCAGAGUAUCUGACCGAUCGGUUUGGGUUUAUUUACGACCAGAGACGGAAAAAGAGGCAGAGGGAGGCGGCGCAGAUGGCGAAGCAGGGGAAGAGGGGGAGUAGGACGGAAAUGUUGACUAAUGGACGGGGAGGGAUGAGUCCGGUGAUGGCGGGGGAUGAUGACGGGGCGAGUAGUGGGAGGUGGGACGUGUUGAGCGAGAGCGGGAGGCCGGACACGCCGUGCUCGGGGACCACGACCGAGGAGCAAGUGAGAGGUGGAGGCGGGAACGAGGAGAACGCGAAGCCGAAGAGGUGGCAGGAUUACCUCAAGAUUGCGACGUUUCCGACUGAGUUGCUCUCGCACACGCCGCUGAUCAGCGCGCAGGGGUUCGAGGUUUUGGAGGGAGGGGAGGUACCACCACCAAAAUCGCCGGGGCAUUCGCCGAGCAUCAUGUCGGAGGAGAGGGGGUUUUUGCCUAGUGCUACCACGACGACGGUGUCGAUCGCGCCGAUGAUGGAGGAGCACCAGGAGCCGGUGGUUAGUUCGGUCUUGAGCUCCUCGGUGUCUGCCCCGGCAGGGGUUGAAGAAGAGGAUGUGGGGACGCCUCCUGGAUCGACGACCCCGGCGAAGGAGGAUGCCGAGCCGGUGAGGUUGCUGUUGGAGAAUCUGAACAGGCUGCAUGAUUCGCUUCAGAGGGAAAGGACAGUUCGCUGGAACGAGUUUCUUCGAAAGGUCCGCGCCGAGAGGAAGCGGGACGGCGAAGCUGCCGCCGCCGCCGCAGCAGCAGCAGCAGAAGCCAGAUUCCAACGAGCCACGGCCGUCAUGCCGGAAACUCGCCUCGGAGACGGGGAGCUCAUCGGCGUCGCCAGCCUCGGCGUCCAAGGCAAAGUCGGCAGGGCAAAAGCAACCGAAUUCCGCUCGCUCUUGCUGGGCGGCAUCCCCGUGGCCAUGAGAGCCAAGAUCUGGUCAGAGUGCUCCGGCGCAAAAGCACUGCGCAUACCGGGAUACUACGAGGAUUUGGUCAGCCGCCCCGGAGAGGAAGACGACCCCCAAGUCGUUGCUCAGAUCAAAGCCGACAUCACGCGCACCCUCACCGACAAUAUAUUCUUCCGCAAAGGGCCCGGAGUGGGCAAGCUGCACGAGGUUCUGCUGGCCUACUCGCGCCGCAACCCGGACGUGGGGUACUGCCAGGGGAUGAACCUCGUCGUUGCCAAUCUUUUACUUAUCACGCCCUCGUCGGAAGACGCGUUUUGGAUCCUCGUCGCCACGGUCGAGCAGAUCCUCCCGUCGGGGUACUUUGACCACUCGCUGCUUGCGUCGAGGGCAGACCAGGUCGUCCUCCGCCAGUAUGUCUCUGAAGUGCUGCCGAAGCUGUCGGCGCACUUUGACGACCUGGGCAUCGACCUCGAGACGAUGACGUUUCAGUGGUUCCUCUCCAUCUUUACCGACUGCCUGUCUGCAGAAGCGCUGUUCAGGGUCUGGGACGUGGUGCUCUGCACGCCGCACGACGGGGGCGCGUUUCUGUUCCAGGUGGCGCUCGCGCUGCUGAAGCUGAACGAGGGCCAGCUUUUGGGGUGCGGGAGCCCGGCGGGGGUGUACACGUACAUUAACCAUCAGAUGACGAACCAUGCUAUUUCUAUUGACGGCUUGGUGCAGGCGAGCGAGGGGUUGAGGAGGUUGGUGAAGAAGGAGGAUAUUGAAGCGAGGAGGGAGAGGGCGAUUGAGCUGGAGAGGGAGCAGGUUCGGUUGAGGGAGGAGAGGUUGGCGGAGCGGAGGAGGGUUCAACAGCAGGAUAAGGUGAAUGGCAAGGGGGGGAAUAAUAACAGGCCGAGGGCUCUGAAGAAGGAGAGCAGUCUUUUGGUUUUGGGGGGGAGUGGUGGUGGUGGUGGUAGUAACAAGGCGGGUGCGGUACCCGCUGUGGUGAGUGGGGAGAUGGCCAGUGGGGCUACGACGCCGAGCGGGAUGGGGAGUUUGAGCAGGGUGGGCAGUGCUUGUCCUAGUCCCAUGUUUGGACCUGAAAGGGGGGGACUGGGGAGUAGGAGUGUGAGUGGGAGUGAUGGGUUGUUGAGUGUGGAGGGGUUGGUGGGGAUAUCGAGUGGUGGUGGUGGUGGUGGUGGUGGUGGUGGUGGUGGUGGGUGA